UUUUCAUUUUGCUCUGCUGCUCCUGCUCAUUUAUUACUUAUUGCUUGAAUAUUAUUAUUUACCUGUUCAUCUACUUGGUUAAUUUGUGCGUGUUUAUUUUUAUUAAGUUACUGUUUUUUGAACUAAAAUAUUCAAAAUGAAUUUUGUUACUGCCCAGAAAGUAUUUAUGAAUUUAAUUAACUCUUUAGAAAAUCAAGACAGAGCAGAAUUUUUAACUUGGCUCAGAGAUCAUUUUUUAGCUGAAUCUUCAGACAGCAAAGCUUAUUUUGAUCUAAGGACAAUAGCUGAGGAUAUAAAAACUUUAGUUCCUACUGAAGCUAUAUUUCCUUCUGAGCAAGUUAAUCAUUCGAAGAUUGGCAAUGGCAGUAAUGAACCAAUCAUUCAUGUGGACAGUUUCCUGUUUGAAGAUGAUCAUAUUGAUGCAUUAGUAGAAGAAGGCAAACUGAGUAGAAAUUACUGCAAAAGCUGUGGAUCUGUUGAGGUUGCACCCAUAACUUUUAUCUCUCAUUCAGCAUCAGUGCAAAGAAUAGAAUUUAUUUUUCAAUAUAUGCUGCCCGAUUUAAGUGGUAAAGUUCUUCUUGAUGUUGGAUCUAGAUUAGGAGCAAUACUUUAUGGGGCAUAUUAUUGCAGCGCUGCUAGUAAAAUUAUUGGAGUUGAAAUCAAUCAAGAUUUGUGCAAAUUACAGAAUUAUAUUAUUGAAAAAUAUGAUCUAAAAGAUAGAAUACAAGUAAUCUGUGAUAAUAUCUGUAAUUUGCCUGAAGUGGUCCAAGCAGCAAAUGUGAUUAUCCUCAACAAUGUGUUUGAAUGCUUCAUGCCCAAAGAAACUCAAGAAGAGAUUUGGAAAUGGCUUAGAAAUAAUGUCACAAAACCAGGCACAAUUUUAGUUACAGCUCCUAGUAUGGAAGAAACUCUAAGUUCUCUAGAGACAGGUAUCGUUGUCUCUACAUGGUUGAGAAAAAUUCCCAUUACAGAUCCAACAGCAGUUCUGAAAAUGGAUGACCAAGAUCUGUUGUCAGAAAUCUGUUCAUAUACUGUAAUUUAAUUACUUACAGGAAUAAAAUAUAUAAUUUUCAUGA